AUGCAUGCAAUCCUCUACGCUAUUCUUGGCGUCGUCGUCAUCCUUGUGCUUGGCCCGACCGUUGCUAACGGAUCUUCACUCCAGGCUGUAUUCGCGGAUCGUAGCCCUAUCCCCGAGACGUCAGGCAACGUCACCAAGAUCAACGAGCCAGCACAACUCGAGACUGUUUUGAAGUCCAACAAAUACGUAGUCGUCGACUUCUAUGCGGACUGGUGUCCGCCCUGCAGGGCUAUUGCGCCGGUGUUUUCCAAAUUAGCUGACGACCACGCUGUUGCGGGCCAGCUUGGCUUUGCCAAAGUCAAUGUCGAUCAUGUCAAGGACGUCGCGAAGAAGUAUGGCAUAAGCGCAAUGCCCACUUUCAUGUUCUUUGAGAGCGGAGAACCGGCGCAAGUAAAGAUAGAGAAGCACGGUGCAGAGGAGGUCGUGGAGAUGGUAAGAGGCGCGAAUGUGGCGCUGUUGAGGAGUGUUGUGCAGGAAAUGGCAAAGAAGUCACUGAGUUCAUAG